AUGCUUGGCCCUUGUCCCAACUCUCCUGAGCUCCAAGGACUACGAUCUAUCCUCCAUCUAUGUUUCGAAGAAGACAACUUAUCAUUCCACUGGUUUACUCUCAACGCAACAUCAACGAGGGAGUAUCAGUUAGUUCCAAACCCAACGCUCUUCCCUUCUCAUCCUAACUACGGUUCUUCAACCCUCGUAGUGGGAUCAAAGAUCUUCUUCAUCGGAGGAUUUAGAGAACCUUCCUCGGAUCUAUGGAUCCUUGAUACACGAUCUGGGAACAUGACUCAGGGACCAAGCAUGAGCGUCCCUCGAGAGAAAAGCAAAUUAGCUGUGGGAGUGUUCUCUUUGCUUUCUUUAGGAGGAAUGGGAUCAUGUGGUUCGAUACGAAGCUCAGUGUGUGGAGGAGCUUGGUCGGUCCUGAUGGGAAUAGACUGA